CUGGGCCAGCGGGCGAAUGGGAAUGCCAGCAGGCUUGUCGACGUUUCACUGGCACUUCGUGGUUGGAAUAAGCCGUUCGUGAUGGCCGCUGACUUCAACUGCGACCUGUUGGAUUUGGCGGACGUCGGUUACCUGGGCUACAUCCCUGCACAGGCUGUCGCGCGAGCUCGCGCUCGAGACGCUACUGUGAGGACAUGUCGGAGCCCGCAGGAUAACUACUCCAACGUCGAUUUCUGGCUGGUCAGCUUGUCCCUGGCUGGUUCGUUCACGGCUGCAAGGCCUGUCCCAGGAUGGUCCGCCGCCCCGCGCCAUCCCAUGAUGACCGCCCUAGCGGCGCGUGCCAAAGCGGCGAAGUUAACCGCGCUGGCAGGGCCUCGCGCCUUUCCGAGACAGGAGCCGCCUGAGGAGGCCAUCCUGGUUGCUGACACCGGCCGCGUCGACCCCAUUGAGGCCGACGUCGCUCAUGGUGGUGAGGCAACACCCGCUGGAGCUCAGGCGCGGCUUGACGGGCUUUACACCGCCUUCAUAAACUCAGCCGAGCAAGAGCUGGUCCACGCCUGCGGCCUCGAGAAGGCGGCCCUCCUGCGGGCCCGCAUCCUGCUGCUCCACCCGACGUUCGGCGCGCGCGGCGGCUUGCACAGGCCGUGUCCGACCUCCUGCUUCGUGAUGACGUGCGCCCUGAUGUCCUUCGGCGACUCGAGCGUCUGGUGUCCGCUGGUGCCGAGCGGGCGCACAAUGAUUCUGAGUGCC